AGACACAGCAAAACAACGAAACUAGAUGGAUGAACGAUGAAACGCUAGAGAUGAUCGCUGAUCAACUUUACAAUGGUCGACCUAGCAGUUAUCAUUAUACCAAGGCUUUAGCUGAGAACUUAUUGUAUCAAGAAGGAAACAAUAUGUCGAUUGCCAUAGUUAGACCUUCCAUUAUUACUGCUUCAUGGAAGGAUCCUACUCCUGGUUGGAUUGAUAAUUACAAUGGUCCAUCAGGGUUCCUUGUAUCUUCUGGUAAAGGUGUACUUCGGACGAUGCAUGUACAUGGUGAUAAAAUUUGUGAUAUGAUACCAGUGGAUAUUGUUGCCAACACUUUAAUUACUUCGGCCUGGUUUGUGGCAAAUAAAGCUGAAAAGGGAACCACUGUGAUCAAUUGUACAUCAGGAUCAUUAAACCCGAUCAAUUGGGAUACAUUUCAAAACAUUUCACAUGGAUUAUUGAUAAAGCAUCCAAGCAUACAACUUUUCCGAUAUCCUGGUGCUUCAUUCCAUUCUAAUAGGAUUGUCCAUGAGUUUUUCCUUCUUCUUGAGCAUUACAUUCCCGCCUUCGUUGUAGACCUUUUAUUCAAAUUGACCGGACACAAGCCAAUUUUAAAUCAAGUUUACCAAAAAGUGCAUCGAGCCAUGAAUGCAUUGGAAUACUUUACCACAAACGAAUGGACAUUUAAGAAUGAAAAUUUCAAACAAUUAAUGCAAUCACUGAAUCAGAAGGAUUUUGAAAAAUUCUACGUUCAAGAUAAUUGUAAUUUCUUUCACGAAGCACCCUUACAAGCAAACCACCUGAUCAUGACUACUCAGCAAUUCUCCAUGAGUUCAUAUUUUUCGCCACUGAAGCCUUCCUUUAAGCUCAUGUAAAGACUUUCGUUCGAGUUGAGAGUUGAUACUUUGUUAAUUUUUAUUUAAAACUGAGUCCAUCAGUCCAAUUGAGGCAAUUAAAACGUUUCUCUGAAGAAAAUCUCUAGGCACCAGAUUCACCAAACCUAUUAGUCUACUUGAAAGACAAAGUUUUACCCAUACUCCUAAUACAACAAUAAACCCUCAAACUAAACCAAAAAAGUUUUUCAUCCAAAUUUAAUAGCUACAAAUACGGACUCUGAAUUCCCCUGCCUCCAUUUACUUGAAUUCCUCAGUUGCAUGAAUUUCUUUAAAGCUCUGAUUAUUUUUCAUAGAUGUAGUCAAAUCAUAGCUUAAAUACUGUGUAAAAAUUUUCCUUCGAACCCGUCAGUUAAGCCACAAACAAAAAGAAAGAGAUUUUUGAUAGCGCCCUCUAUUGGUUGGUUCAUAUAACCUGUGAGAAUCUCUUCUGUAAUUGUCAAAAGUUAAACCGUAUGUUUCCAGAAGCGUCCUCAGUGAUCGUGACUUAAAGUAUAAUUGAUAGUUAAUUUAGCCAGCAAUCGAUAAGAUGGUUUAAAUAAAUUAACUUACCUUUCAGAGAUCAGUAAUUGGUAAACAAUUUCAAGCAAAGUGGAACUGAAAGGAGACAAUAACGAAAUAAGAUCCAUUGAACACAGAGUUGAAAUUUACCUUCAAAAAUCGGACUCGUUUUCUGUCAUGAGUUGAUAACUUCUCGGAUAUCUAAUACAAGCAAACAA